CCGGGACAACUUCCUUCAGCCUCAUCAGCAACAGAUACACUAAAUGGUGUGUGAGAAGAAUGCACAGAAGGAAACAGAGAAGCUAAAAAGUGGACUGGUUGCUGUGUUUUGCACAUUCUCUUGCUGGCUUUGCUAGAAGUUGCACCCCUUUCACUUCACUACCUUGUUUAUGUUGAUCUUGUGUUUGCCUCUGACAUGCUGCAUAGCUUGGGAUACUCAGAGAGGGAUGAACAACAGGAGAAGAGACUCUGAACAUCGGCCUUUCUGUGGAGUUGUAAAUCUUCUUGUUUACUUAUCAACAUCAAAGGCAAAUCAAGUUUGAGAAGCGUUUUUUCAAUUGAGCAAGAUUGUUGUGCACACAGAAUGAACUUAGCAUGGAUGUAAAAGAACGCAGGCCCUAUUGUUCCCUAACAAAGAGCAGGCGAGACAAAGAAAGGCGUUACACAAAUUCUUCUGUGGACAAUGAUGAGUGUAGAGUUCCUACACAAAAAUCCUACAGCUCCAGUGAAACACUGAAAGCUUUUGAUCAUGAUUCCUCCAGGCUGCUCUAUGGAAACAGGGUGAAAGACCUUGUACACAGAGAAGCAGAUGAGUACAGUAGACAAGGACAGAAUUUCACCUUGAGGCAAUUAGGCGUUUGUGAACCGGCCUCCCGUCGAGGACUGGCAUUUUGUGCUGAUAUGGGGCUCCCACACAGAGGCUACUCAAUAAAUGCUGGCUCAGAUGCAGAAACUGAAAAUGAAGGUGUGAUGUCUCCAGAACAUGCCAUGAGGCUUUGGGGAAGGGGUGUGAAAUCUGGACGCAGUUCCUGUCUGUCAAGUCGCUCUAACUCUGCCCUGACACUGACUGACACUGAGCAUGAGAACAAGUCUGACAGCGAAAGUGGUAAGUCCCUCCUUGCUUUCAUUGUCAAAGUGCAUUUUUCAUGA